AGUACGUCGUAUUUCGACUGCCAGAAUUUCAGCAUCUAGAAUUUUUUUUUUCGCGACCCUUUUGUGUUAAACAUUAAAAAAUAAAAUUCAAAUAUUAAAAUGGCUUUUAAUUUUCUGAAACAAUCUGCAAAUAAUGUUAUCAGAAACGCGGUUGUUCCCUCGUCAACGUCGGCUAUCAGAGGACUGUUUACUGGUGCUGUCCGAUUAGCUAAAGAAGACAAGGGAUUAGAAAAAGUUUAUACCAAAAAAGAGUCGCUCUUGUUGGACACCAAUAAUGUCAUUGGAAAGACGUCUGACACUAGUGUUCAGAAUUAUAUUGAGGUCGACAGCAAAGUAUGUGACAUUAAAAUUAUACUAAAACUGUAGGAAUWYAAAGUMAAA